AAGAGAAAGGGAAGAAGAGAGCCGCCUCCAUCGCUCUCUCUGAAACAAACCCAGAAUUUUCAACUCCGUUCUCAGGGAAAGAAAAGGAGUCACUUUUUGCAUAGUAUAACUGCACUUGUCAUUCUUUUCGGCUAUUUAUGUUCAUCUGUCUCAUAAUAAGCUUGUGAAUGUCACCUCUUGGAUCGGUUCUUUAUCAUUCGGGGAAAGCUAUUCUUCUAUGGGUGCGGAGUGUAGAUAAGAUCAUGUUACGAGCAAAGCAUAUUGGUAACCUGUCCAAUGGUGCAAGGUCAUUUCUAUUUAGUGGCUCACGAGGUACUUCUGCAGAUGGAAAUUCAUGCACCUGCCCUGAGGAUGAGACUUGUGUUUCAAGAAGGCAGAACAUAGGAAAUGAAGCUUUGUCCAAAUCCUCAGCUACGGGAGCUCUGAAGUUAGGGACUGCACCCCACGAUGUUGAUUCUUAUGAAACCGAGAGAGCACCACAACUUGUUUCUCAGGCUAUUCCUUUGAGUAGAUCUAACAUUGUAAAUUCUGCUCACAGCACUAAUGCUGUUCAACACGAUGAACAUGCAUCACCUACCAUUUCUGAUCAUUUUGUUAAAGCUGGCAUUGAAGCUGUGUCAUUCUUGUCCGAUCUGAUGAGUUAUAAACUUCCUUUGUCUGAUGGGGGUUCUAUAUUAAGCUCACCUAGACACUGUGUGGUUGAAUCGACAAGGACUCUUCCAAAUAUAAAAUCUCCAUCUUUUAAGCCUGUCAAAAGAGAGAACUUUGCCCAAGUCAAUCCAAAACCGUCAUGUGGAAUAGCAUCAGGGGAAAAAUCAACUGUCAGCUACCUUGGUACAAAAGAUAGAGGCAAAAAAUCCAAUUUUGUUACAGGUUACAAGCUUGUUUCAAAUGCUGAAAUUGUGGAUUCAUCAGAAACUCAUAGUAGUUCUGCAAAUACUUAUGAUAGGAGGAAGGCUAUACCACAGAGAUUGAAAGCUCAAUCCCAUCGUUUCAUGUCAAAUUUUAGUUCCAAUGUAAUACCUUCAAGUGAAAAGGUUUCAGAUUCUGGAGUGGAUGGUUUCAGGAAAUCCUUUAGAGACAUGAAAAUGGCAACUGGAGUCUCUACGACCAGAUCUCUAGGAGGCACUGGGCAUGUGGUGGAAGCUGUAUCGCAGAUAUUGCAACAGCUGAAGUGGGGCCCUGCUGCUGAGCAGGCUCUUGAAAAUCUCAACCUUUCAAUGGAUGCAUAUCAAGCUAACCAAGUUCUAAAGCAAAUACCAGAUCCUUCAGUUGCUCUUGGCUUUUUCAAUUGGCUGAAAAACAAGGAUGGAUUCAAGCAUGAUGGUCAUACAUACACCACCAUGGUGGGUAUCCUUGGUCGGGCAAGGCAGUUUGGGUCGAUAAAUGGAUUGCUUGACCAGAUGGUGAACGAUGAUUGUCAGCCGAAUGUUGUGACAUACAAUCGUCUUAUUCAUAGUGAUGGACGUGCAAACUACUUGAACGAAGCUAUCAAUGUGUUCAAUAAAAUGCAGGGAAUAGGUUGUGAACCUGAUCGUGUCACAUAUUGUACUCUUAUUGAUAUCCAUGCCAAAGCUGGGUUUCUUGAUGUUGCCAUGGACUUAUACCACAAAAUGCAAGCAGUUGGCCUUUCUCCUGAUACAUUCACUUAUAGUGUGAUAAUCAACUGUCUUGGAAAGGCUGGUCACUUGCCAGCUGCUGACAGGUUAUUUCGUGGGAUGGUCGAUCAAGGUUUUGUUCCUAAUCUAGUCACCUACAACAUCAUGAUCGCUUUGCAUGCAAAGGCAAGGAACUAUGACAGUGCUUUAAAGCUUUAUCGUGAUAUGCAGAAUGCUGGAUUUGAACCUGACAAGGUCACAUACAGCAUAGUAAUGGAGGUGCUUGGACACUGUGAAUAUCUGGAUGAAGCAGAAGCAAUUUUUGGUGUAUUGAAAAGGAAAAACUGGGUGUCUGAUGAACCUGUUUAUGGCCUGCUGGUUGACUUAUGGGGUAAGGCCGGUAAUAUUGAGAAGGCUUGGCAAUGGUAUCAGUCCAUGCUACAAGCAGGGCUGCUCCCCAAUGUUCCUACUUACAAUUCUUUGCUCAGUGCUUUCCUUAGGGUACACAAGCUGUCAGAUGCUUAUAACUUGCUGCAAAGCAUGGUGGAUUUGGGUUUGAAUCCUUCUUUGCAAACCUAUACCUUGCUCCUGAGUUAUUGUACAGAGGCUGGGUCACCAUAUGAUAUGAGGAUUUGUUGUCAGCUCUUGGCUGUCACGGGUCAUCCUGCACAUAUGUUUCUGAUAAGUAUGCCUUCAGCGGGACCUGAUGGUCGAAAUGUGCGGGAUCAUGCGAACAAGUUCUUGGAUAUGAUGCACAGUGAGGAUAGAGAAAGCAAGAGGGGGCUGGUGGAUGCCGUUGUGGAUUUUCUUCACAAAUCAGGGCUCAAGGAGGAGGCUGGAUCUGUUUGGGAGGUAGCUGCAGAGAAGAAUGUGUAUCCCGAUGCUGUUAGAGAGAAAAGCUCAUGUUAUUGGCUGAUCAACCUACAUGUGAUGUCGGAUGGUACUGCCGUAACAGCAUUGUCUAGGACACUCGCCUGGUUUCGCCAGCAAAUGCUGGUUUCUGGAAUCAGUCCUAGUAGGAUCGACAUAGUGACUGGAUGGGGCAGGCGGAGCAGGGUUACCGGAUCAUCGCUCGUGCGACAAGCUGUUCAGGAUCUUCUUAACAUAUUUAGCUUUCCGUUUUUCACCGAGAAUGGCAAUUCCGGGUGUUUUGUAGGGUGCGGAGAGUCUCUUAACAGAUGGUUACUUCAAUCAUAUGCUGAGCGGAUGCAUUUGCUGUAGUUUGUGGUCAGCCGUAGCAUACAUGUAGCCUCUUCAUUUUUCUUACAGUUUACAUAAGCUUUCUGAUUGAAAAUUCAAACCCGAUAUCGGAUCCAAGUGCUACUGAUCGGUGAUUGAGCAGCAGGAUAUAUUUUAUGUACAUGAUCUAACUUAACAGGGCAUUUGCAAACAGCUUCUCCAUCUUCCAUCUCUAAGUUUCAAUCUAUGAUGAUUUUAACCUUUUCCAUUUACUCUGGUUUGGAUGCUAUGCUGAUUGUAGGCUGUCGAUGCCGCAGCAAUACGAGUGCC